CAAACACCAUUUCAGACUAGUGAACAGAAAAUAGAGAUAACCUCAAAUUUGGCACAUUGUUGCAUUUUGCAACGUUUACUAUACUUGCCGUCGCCUCACCAUCUUUCUUGUUGUUAUCUGUCAAUCAACUUCACAGCGAUCCAAGGCAAUGAAAAACCACAAGAAAUAUGCAAAAUUACCCCAAGAUUUAGAUUUAAGUUUUCAAGAACAAUUAGAAAUCGAUACCGCCGCCACGGAUGAUUUUAAUUUAAGUGCCGGUUCGGGUCUCGAUGAAGACGACGAUAAUAUAUUGGACGAUCACGAAGAAGUAGAUGACGACGCUGAUUGCAACGUUGAUUACGACGACGACGAAGAAGAGGAAGACGAAAUAGUUAUUGCCACAGCAGCGGCAGCUGCCACAGGAUUAGUGGGUUCGGCGGGUGGCGCCGGACGUUUGGCCAACGCAGCGGCCAUUGCACGUAAACAGCAAUUGAAUCGUAAGGUGUUAUCCGGUUUGGGUCGCGACAGUGUUAUUGAGACGGGUUCCACACUUACCCCCGAAAUGUUACUGACAACCGCAGAAUCAUCCACUUUCAGUGCCUCUGAGGUGGCGGGUCGACUACAGGUCGAUGUCCGCACCGGCCUCAAAUGGACCGAGGCCAAGUAUCGGGCAAAAAUCAUCGGCCAAAAUGAGCUGAAUGUCAUCGAAGAAGAUCCCACAUGGAAGAAGUAUAUAGAACAAUUUAAGAAUCCUCUCAUUCUCCUGCUGCUCGGUUCCGCUCUGGUGUCGGUGGUAAUGAAACAGUACGACGAUGCGGUCAGCAUAACAAUAGCCAUAAUUAUUGUGGUGACGGUGGCAUUUAUUCAGGAAUAUCGCUCCGAAAAAAGUCUGGAGGAGUUAAAGAAGCUGGUACCGCCCGAAUGCCACUGCUUGCGCGAAUCGCGCUUGGAAACAUUUCUGGCACGCGAAUUGGUGCCGGGCGAUAUUGUCCAUUUGAAUGUGGGCGAUCGGGUGCCGGCCGAUGUCAGGCUAUUCGAGGCCAUUGAUUUGUCCAUAGACGAAUCGAGUUUUACAGGCGAAACGGAGCCUUCGCGCAAAUGUACCGAUAUGUUGCUCAACAACAUGGGCAACAAGGACCACACGAACAUGAAAAAUAUUGCCUUUAUGGGUACCCUGGUGCGAUGCGGCAAUGGCAAGGGUAUUGUGGUGAGCACAGGAGAGCGCAGUGAAUUUGGUGAGGUCUUUAAAAUGAUGCAGGCCGAGGAGGCACCCAAGACACCGCUACAAAAAUCCAUGGAUAUUUUAGGGGCCCAGCUGAGUUUCUACUCCUUCCUAAUUAUAGGGGUCAUCAUACUGCUGGGUUGGCUGCAGGGUAAACCCUUGACGGAAAUGUUCAACAUUUCUGUGUCCCUGGCUGUGGCAGCCAUCCCGGAGGGUCUACCCAUUGUCGUUACCGUGACCCUGGCCUUGGGCGUAAUGCGUAUGGCCAAACGUAAUGCCAUUGUCAAGAAGCUGCCCACUGUGGAGACACUGGGUUGUGUCAAUGUCAUAUGCUCUGACAAGACGGGAACCCUCACCAAAAAUGAAAUGACAGUCACCGUGAUCAUUACCUCCGAUGGCUAUAUGGCUGAUGUCACGGGAGCCGGUUACAAUGACCAGGGUGAGAUCCACAUACGCAAUUGCAACAAUGUCGAAAUGGCCAAGUCUAAUAUCACCAAUCUCCUGGAAAUCGGUGCGGUCUGCAACAAUGCCUACAUCCAAAAUGGCACCCUGCUGGGCCAGCCCACCGAGGGUGCCCUCAUUGCAGCGGCCAUGAAGAAUGGCAUGUAUGCCACCGCCGAAAAUUAUGUACGCAUCCAAGAAUACCCCUUCUCGUCGGAGCAAAAGAUGAUGGCCGUUAAGUGCAUACACAAGUACAACAACAACAAGGAGGAAAUCUACUUUGCCAAGGGGGCGCUCGACAUGCUGCUGCCCCAGUGCACGAAAUACAAGUUUGGCUCGCAGACGAUGCCAUUGACGAAGCAAAAUGAAGCGGAAUUUUUGGCGGAAGCUUAUGAAAUUGGUCGUAAAGGAUUGCGGGUUUUGGCAUUGGCCAAAGGCAAGAAUCUGCAAGAUUUGGUCUAUUGUGGAUUAGUUGGCAUUACCGAUCCGCCACGGCCCCUGGUGCGGGAGUCCAUCGAGCUGUUGAUGCAGAGCGGUGUUCGGGUGAAAAUGGUGACGGGCGAUGCCCAAGAAACGGCAAUGGCAAUUGCCAGUCUCAUUGGCAUUGACACUAUACACCAUCAAACGCUGUCGGGUCAAGAGAUUGACCAAAUGAAUGACCAUCAAUUGGAUAAAGUUUGUAAUAAUGUCAGCGUUUUCUAUCGCGUUACACCGCGUCACAAGCUGGCCAUUGUAAAAUCGUUGCAACGCACCGGCAACAUUGUAGGCAUGACCGGUGAUGGAGUGAACGAUGGUGUGGCUCUGAAGAAGGCGGACAUCGGUAUUGCCAUGGGCAAAAAUGGCACGGAUGUGUGCAAGGAGGCGGCGGAUAUGAUAUUGGUCAAUGAUGAUUUUCAUACAAUAAUAGCUGCAAUCGAAGAAGGCAAGGCCAUCUUUUACAACAUCCGCAACUUUGUUCGCUUCCAGCUGAGCACCUCCAUUGCGGCCCUCUCCCUGAUUGCCUUGGCCACCUUGAUGGGCAUUGCCAAUCCUCUGAAUGCCAUGCAAAUUUUAUGGAUCAACAUUAUCAUGGACGGUCCACCGGCCCAGAGUUUGGGUGUGGAACCCGUCGACCACGAUGUGCUCAAGCAGAAACCGCGCAACGUCAAACAGCCCAUGAUUACCAAAUCGGUUAUUGUCAAUGUCCUGUUGAGUGCCAGCAUAAUCAUUCUCGGCACCCUGUGGGUCUUUCAGCGUGAAAUGGUCGAUGGCUCGCUGGGCAAGACGAAACGCGACACCACCAUGACCUUUACCUGUUUCGUGUUUUUCGACAUGUUCAAUGCUCUCUCCUGUCGCUCACAGACGAAAAGCGUUUUCACCAUUGGCCUAACCUCGAAUCGCAUGUUCCUAAUGGCCGUGGCCUUCUCAAUAAUCGGCCAAAUGUUGGUCAUCUAUUUCCCACCCCUGCAGAUGGUGUUCCAGACGGAGGCCCUCUCAGCCUAUGACAUACUCUUUUUGCUGUCGCUCACAUCGUCGGUGUUGAUUGUGCAGGAGAUCAAGAAAUGGUUCGAACGCACCAUGGAACGUAAAAUGUACAAGACCCGUUCCGAGCUGGAUUUUGUAUGACAAAACGAAAGCGCUGGAAGAUUGUUGACCAAAAAAUCGAAUUGAAUAAAAUUUUGGAUUUUUUUCUAAAUUUCUUUUUCCGCCGUUCCCAAGAGGAGGAGGAGGAGGGGGAGGUGGAAAGGGGAAAUUUUGAAUAAUUUUUGAAAAUCACAAAUUUUGAGUUCUUAAGGAUAGGCAGAUAAGGGAAGAGAGAGAGAGAGAAAUGAGAGUAGAAUGUAUGUCUUAUCUAAGGUUUGUUUGUAAUUUUGUUUAAAUAUAAGCUAACGGAUAUAAGCAAAACAAAGAGAAGGAGAAUGUGUGUCGAAAAGA